ACUCACAGACACUGACACACACACCGAUACACACACCUGUCUCACAUACAGUACAUUCACGCAGGAGCACAGGCAUAGCCGUCACUCUCUCUGUGGAAUCGCUGGUGGCAGACAGUUUGUGCCAAGAUGCCCUUUUCUGACUGGCUCCUGGUUGGCACUCUUCUGGCACUUGGAGGAAGCUGGAAUGUCAUUCGUGCUGAUGUUGGGUCUGAGAGGAACUGCUCUAAAAUCCCACCGUACCUGCCUUCCACCGUGGUCAACACUACCCUACGGCUGCAGGCCUUGAGGGAGGCUAUGAGUUCUCUCAAUGUCUCUGCCUACAUCAUCCCUGGGACAGACGCUCACCUGAGUGAGUACAUUGCCCCACGUGAUGCACGGAUGGCCUUUAUGUCGGGCUUCACAGGCUCUGCAGGCACAGCAGUGGUGACCCUGAACAAGGCGGUCCUCUGGACAGACAGUCGCUACUGGGUCCAGGCUGAACGCCAAAUGGACUGCAACUGGGAGCUGGAGAGAGAUGUAUCCAUCAGCAGUAUAACUGACUGGCUGAUUCGGGAGGUUUCGGACACUGACGACAUCGGCUUUGACCCGUUCCUCUUCUCUAUCCAAACCUAUGAGUCCUACAGCUACAACCUAGUUCCAGCCAAGCUAAUGCUGAAGUCCUUACCUGACAACCUGGUGGACAGAGUGUGGACAGACAGACCCCCCAUCCCUCCUGAUAACCUCAUCCGCCUGCCCGACAGAGUCGUAGAGAGGACCUGGCAGAUGAAAGUGGAACACAUACGGACUCAGAUGACAGAAAAUCCUUACAAGCCCACAGCGGUCCUGCUCUCUGCUCUUGAUGAGACUGCCUGGCUGUUUAAUCUGCGUGGUAAUGAUGUGCCCUUCAACCCCUUCUUCUACUCCUACACACUACUGACCUUAAAUGAGAUCUGGUUGUUUGUACACAAGGACAGAGUGACAGAGGACUUGAAGUUAUACUUGAACUCCACUUGUUACCUGGCCCACUGUGUGCAGUUGUUAGAAUAUGACCAAGUGCGGACAAUGCUGAAGAACUACAUGACCAGACUUGGUGUAAAAGUGUGGAUCGGAACAGAGUACACCAACUAUGCCCUGUACGAGCUCAUCACUCCAGAAGUGAGGACAGGGGUGGAGAAGCUACUGACCAGUGCCUACUCCCCGGUGCUGACCACUAAAGCAGUGAAGGACAAGACAGAGCAGCACAUCCUGAGAGACGCUCAUGUGAGGGAUGCUGUGGCAGUCAUACAGCUACUGAUGUGGCUGGAAAAAGUUGUACCAGAGGGGAAAGAGACAGAGAUGACAGCAGCAUAUUAUGUCAAUGAGUGUCGCAGCAAGCAGAAGGACAGCAGGGGGCCAAGCUUUGAAACCAUAUCUGCCAGUGGGCCCAAUGCUGCUCUGGCCCACUAUAGCCCUUCUAAUGCAACCAGCAGAAAGCUUACUGUUGAUGAGAUGUACCUGGUGGACUCUGGUGGCCAGUAUCUAGAUGGGACCACUGACAUCACACGAACUGUUCACUGGGGGACCCCCACCGAGAUGCAGAAGGAAGCCUUCACUCGUGUGCUCAUGGGAAAUAUUGAGAUCUCUCGGACCAUCUUCCCCUCAGGGACAAAAGGUGUUAACAUGGAGAUGCUGGGGCGCCGGGCAUUGUGGGAAGUGGGCCUGAACUACGGCCAUGGAACGGGUCACGGCGUGGGAAACUACUUUGGCGUCCAUGAGUGGCCUGUUGGCUUUCAGAGCAAUAACAUUCCAUUCCGGGAAGGCAUGUUCACGUCUAUAGAACCAGGAUAUUACAAGGAAAAUGACUUUGGGAUCCGUAUUGAAGAUGUUGUCGUCAUCGUGCCAGCUCACACAAAGUAUGGCCAUAAUUACCUGACCUUUGAGACUGUGUCAUUAGUCCCGUAUGACAGGAAGCUGAUUGACACUGCUCUCAUGAGCGCACAACAGCUGCAGUGGCUGGAUAAGUACUACCUGACCAUACGUGAGCUAAUGGGGGCGGAGCUGGACAGGCAGGGCCUGACAGAGGAGAAGAAGUGGAUGCUGAAGCACACAGUGCCUUUCCAGAGUGCCACUGCUUCUGCUGCCGUCUCCUCCCUCAGCCUGACCCUCACCGCCCUAGCCACCGCCCUCCUCCACAACCUCCUCUGAGGAGCCUCCAUCCCUCGCUCCACUUCUCCUGCCAUCUCUCCCUCCAUCUCUCAAUCCUUCUCUCCCUUUAUCUCAUCUCACUCCAUCUCUUAUGGCUAGUAUUAUUAUGUUAGCUGUCAGCCUAUGCAGUGCCUGUGCAUAGUAAAUGUAUUGUUGUCGUUCAAUGUUUGAUUUCAAUGAAUGUUUUGAUUACUACCUUUUAGUUGAUUUCAAUUCGUUUUUUCAGUAUUUGGUGAUAUAUGUUCAGCUGCUUUGUUUUGUCACUUUUUGAUGUGUCCAACCUCUCUGUGUUUCGAAUCCGUUUUUUUGUAUGUAAUUUAUUAAAAUAUGAUUAUUUUAAAGUUUAUGAGUACCAUUUGUUAACCGACCUGUUAUUCAGUACUUACUUUCCGUGUAGAAUGCUUUCAAUGUAUAUCAAGCAUACUUUGUCCCUGAAGAAAAAGUUGAACCAAACAAACUCAAUAUAAAACACUACAUUACAAGAUGGCCAUGAUGAAACAAUGAAUGUUGUAUUGUAAUCUGUGCCUGUUAGCACUUUGUGAGGGACAGAUAAUUGGGGUCAUCAUCACAUGCUGAGUGUUAAUCAGUGUCUCUAAAAGCAGCCAUUGUCACUGUCUGAUAUGAGUCACACCCCCCCCCAACCAUCUGAACAGCUCUUGAGGUUCGUCUAGCUGUGCCACAUGUGAAGAACUAGUGCCAGUGAGACAGGGGCUGUUGCUUGGCAACAGACCUGUCAGAGCUGCAGGAAGGUGUGAAUGUGGGUUUUACAAAGACGUCCGCCCUGCUGCACGCUUUUGUUUGACUUGCAUCCCUCCCACAUUCGAAAACAAGUUUUCAUAAGAAGAGAAAGAUGGCUUUUCUUUGUUAUAUUUCUUUUGUUGUUGGUUAGAUGACACUGUCCAUUUAACUCUCUGUGUGUGUUUGAAAUGGUUGGGUCUGUGGCUAUUGCCACUGGAGAAAGAGGAACAAUGCAAUGACUAAUUGAUGUUGAAAAUAUGAGCUCAUUGUCUCUGUGUAAGCAACAUUUCCCUACAACCUGAACACAGUUUUAGUAAAUGUACUAUCUCUUAACUUUCACAUUGUCCCUAAAUGAAGUGUAUACUGUUGUAUAUACUGUACAUCCACUUGGAUAGCUACUGUUUGUUCUUUCAAUGAAACCAGUAUAUCUUA